CAAUUCGCAAAAGGGUGACGGGGAGGGGUUGACUGAGCAAAAGCGCAUUUCGGCUGCAUAUGGCCUGACCACUCUUCACCUUGUUGCUCUCCUUCUUGCAGCUUUCUCUUUCUCUGUCUGCCCAUUUCAGUCUGAGAUUCCGUCACUACGACAGGACGAGAUCAAACAAUGAUGGAAUCCGACCCAAACGUCGUUGAGAAUCGUCAUUCCCCGCUCCCUGGCGGCGAAAGCAGCAACCACAACCUCGCUAUCCCGUUCCCAGCACGCCUCAGCCGUCUCGGCAGCCCAAUCCAGCCGGCCGUGCCCUUGAAGUCGGAGCUGAUGGAGUUAACUAGAGCUCGUCUCCCACUUCGGGCGGCUAUCACAGGGACGGAGCGACAAACUAUGCCGCCUCCUCUGCGCCCACCAGCACCUCCCCGUUCGAACAACCCCAUAUUGCAGACGGAGACCCAAGAGUCCAAAAACCCCGUACUCCGACGCUAUCAAGAUUAUAAACAGCAGGUGGGGGCCCUAGAGCAGAGCAAUAAACACCAGCUAUUGAUGGCGCAGCAGGAGCAGGAAGGGAGAAAACCACAGCCACAACCCUUGCCAGGACAGGCCCUCAAUCUUGGAGGAGCGCUCGCUCAAGAGGAGCUCCCCCAAACUCACUACACCAUAUCCGAAGAUGAGGUGGGGGGUUCCAGGGAUAUGUUGGAUAAUUUGGCAAAGAUGCAGCAGGAGCGGGAACAACAGAAGAGUCGAAUUGAGCAAGCGCGGAGGCAACUGCAGAUAGCGGCGAAGCGGGAGGCGGAGUUGGCGAUGGAGGCGCAAGCGACACGAUCGGUGCCCACAAACCGAAUGCCGAUGCCUGUUCCCCUGGAUGCAGCCUCGAGGUAUGGGAAAUUGGGGGCGGGCUUUGACGCAACCGCCAACGCGUCUUCGGCCCUGUCACCAGGCACGGAUCUUGCUCGAAGCAUGCUCGAGUAUAUUCACAGCCUGGAGGCUCACUUCGGGAUUCCAAAGUCUAACCUGGACAUGUUCAACGCUCCCACCAUUAACAUCCAAGUUUUCCACUGUCUGGGAGACCGCGAGGACCCGGAAACCUACCUGGUCGAACCAGAAUGGCAGACGCAUGACGACGAAAUCAUACUCAGGGGCUACUCCCCCGUGCGCUAUGCCGACGGCUACAUUGAGAACAGAGGCAACAUCGCCUUCGCCGUCUACAAACACUACACGGUCGAGCACCAAAAAUCCGAGGUAGAACAGGCCAUGAAGGCCAAUGAGCCACUCCCCAGCCCGCAGCCAGCCUACCAGGAUGUGAAGCUCGUCUCGAGCGAGAUGGUCCAGGCCGUGAAAGCAUUCAUCGCCCAUUACCCAACCUUCUGCGCCGAUCUUCUGGAGUCGGACGGCAGAGGAUUCGAGAGGAUGAUCAUAUCCCCCCAUAUAUGGUGGUAUCACUGCCGCAAAAAGCAUAAAACCCAAGACCUCCCUCCCGGGCAAGCCAACUUAGUGGCCGCCCUCACUGACUGGCUAGAAGCAAGCUUCGGGCCCCUGUACAACGCGAUCGAGCACCAGUUCCGCACAGGCCGAGUUUCCGGGGAGUCCAUCGAAUACUUCAUCCACCCUGGGCAGAUACUUGUCCUUAAAGAUGACGGUAGCGGAAUGCCAAAGGGCUACCUAGCAACGGAGCGACCAAGGUUCACUAUCAAGGAAGGACAACAAAAGCUACAGCAGCGGCUCUGGGAAGUAAACGCGUGCUCAUACUCGUACGCAGGUGAAUUCUAUCGAACGGACAAGAUUAUCACUCUGCACUCCGAAAGCAAUUCGUUAGACAGAGAAGUUGACAUCGCAAACCUGAAGGCUGCGCCCCUCCAGUAUGCGGGCGAUGAGAUUAAAGAAGUGCUAGAGCGUCGAGGGAAAACUUUUUGGAAGUGCCGUGGCAAGCGUUUGGUUUCCUACGAAGCAGACCCGAACUCCAAAGACAAGAAGCAUGCGCGCCAACGGUUCAUGACCGAUUUUGCCACUUACAAGGAACUUCACCCAGACAACCCGUACCUGCGAUCCAUGUCUUAUCAGAAGAUUGGCAUGGCUGGGCAUGAUUCCCUUGGUUCGCAUCCUGAGCUAGACCUGCCCACGGAUGGCAGCGAACCUGCGGCGCCUAGCAUCUACCUGUUUCCGGGACACCUCCCCGGCUUUGACCUACGCCGCAAGAAGUGGGUCAACCUCGAAGUCGACCGAAUAGGGGAGGUGGCGUGGAACGACGAAGCCUUCCAUUCUCUCGUCGCCGACGAAGACAUGAAAGAGCUCGUCCUGGCGCUGGUCACCAACCAGCUUGCCUCCGAAACGGCCACCGACCUCAUCGACAGCAAGGGCAACGGCCUAAUAAUGCUCCUGCACGGCUCGCCGGGCACAGGGAAGACGUUCACGGCUGAAUCUGUCGCCGAGAUUGCCAGGAAGCCCCUCUAUUCAGUCACGUGUGGCGACAUUGGCACCGAGCCCGAUAUCGUGGAGCAAUACCUCUCCAAGGUCUUCAACCUGGGCAAGAUCUGGGACUGCGUGGUGCUCCUUGACGAAGCUGAGGUCUUUCUCGAGCAGCGCACGCUACAGGACCUCAAGAGGAACGCGCUUGUCUCGGUUUUCCUCCGGCAACUCGAGUACUACGAGGGCAUCCUGAUCCUGACAACCAAUCGCGUGGGCACCUUUGACGAGGCGUUCAAGUCGCGCAUCCAGCUCGCACUGCGGUACGAGCCCCUCGGCCGGGACCAGCGCAAGCAGGUCUGGCGCAACUUCCUGAACCGGCUGCGCGCGCUUGGCGAGGGCGACAGCAUCGACUUCAGCGAGGUGGCGUCUCACAUGGACGAGCUGGCCGGGUACGAGAUGAACGGGCGCGAGAUACGGAACGCCAUCACCACGGGCCGGCAGCUGGCCAAGUACAUGAAGGAAAAGAUGACCUUUGGGCACCUAAAGCGGGCCAUCGGCGUGACGGAGAAGUUUGACCGGUACCUGGCCGAGGUGAGGGAGGCGGAUGCGGACGACGCCGGCGGGAGGGGGGCGGAUGGGAGGUACUCGGCCGAAUAUUUCGCGAGGGCAGACGGGACCAGAUAAGGUGCGGGCAAUGUUCGCCAGUGACCUUGCGCGUGUGGCUGGUCACGUGAUCACUUGUACACAGAGGGCGGGAGGGGAGACACGGGCUUCCGAUGACCGGGGUCAGAUAAAAUAUCCGUUGGCCGAUCCCCCUCACUCAGAUGGACAAUCUCUUUAUUCGCACACAAUAUACGGCACCUACCUCCUUACAGGAGUAACGCUCGUUGUUCAGGA